AUGGCACGCCGAGGAUCGGGGUCUGAACCUCCCGGAUGUGCUGAUUCUUUCUCGAGCUCCCUCAAGGUUCGCAGAAGAUCUUCUUCUUCGCAGACCUUGCCUGAAUCCCAGCGAGGUACGCAGAGGCUAUCAUUCAAGACUGCUCUUCGGCUCAUUAUUCCCAACGGAUCCUCAGACACACCUGGUGACAGCUGGGAUGGCUCUAGCACACCUAAGCCAGCGUUUGAAUGUGAAUACUUUGGAAAGCAGGCGCCAAAUAUAUCAACAUCACACAUCGCACCCCAGUCGACGCCCAGCUCCAUGGCCACCGGACGAAUCGCAAACGAAUCACCAUUAACAACACGACGAAGAUCCAUUUUUGAUCCCCCACGGUCUCCCAAGGACGGAUUCGAAUAG